GAGGCGCGCGUAGCUGAGCAGCCGACCUUGCGCGUCGCAGCUCACGCUCUGAGCGGCAGACUCCUCUGCAUGCUGGAAGCGUCCCCGGGCGACACCGCGCUGGUACUCUAUCGCAGUGCCGAGGCCGCCGCAGGUAAGCCGCUGCAGCUCUUCACCAGCACGGACGUCUAUCUGAAGGCUGCCUCCACCAUCGCGGCCGCAGGUCUACGCGACCAGGCUGUCGUGACGGCCAGAGUUGCGCUCCCGCGGCUCUUCACCACUGCCUCCGAAGAUGGCGGCGCUUUUGCCGCUCUCAAAAGCGACGGCUCUGUUCUCUGCUGGGGAGAACGCCGCGGCAGCGAGGUGCAAGAGCAGCUCGUGGACGUCGUCGACAUCUCCACCGCCACUGGUCAAUUUGGCGAGGGUGGCGGCGGCGCUUUCGCCGCUCUCAAAAGCGAUGGAUCUGUUCUCUGCUGGGGAGAUCGCAACACGGGCGGGGAUUGUAGCGCUGUGCAACAGGACCUCAAGGACGUGGUCGAGAUCUCCUCCGCCACCGUUGGCGCUCUUGCCGCCCGCACGAGGCAUGGCAGCGUGCAGCUGGUGGACGUCGAGAAGAUUUAUGCCACCACAGAUGGGUUCGCCGCGCUCAAGAAAGACGGUACCGUGGAAUGCUGGGGCGGGGAUUGGUCCGGCGGCGAUUGCAGCGAGCUGCAACAGCUCAUGGUGGAUGUCAGGACGAUCUACGCCACCGCCGGUGGUGCAUUCGCCGCAGUCAAGGAGGACCGCACCGUGGUAUGCUGGGGCAAUAAAGUGCACGGCGGGGAUUGUAGUGCGGUCCAGCAGCAGCUGGUGGAUGUCGAGACGAUCCAUGCCACAUUGGCAGCUUUUGCCGCUGUCCAAAGGUAUGGCAGCGUUAUUUGCUGGGGCCAUGCAGACUUCGGCGGCGAUUGCAGCAAGGUUCAACAGCAGCUAGAGAAGGUGGCCGUGAUUGAAGCCGCGACGACAUGUUUCUUCGCCACCAAGGCGGACGGCAGCGUGAUCCAGCCCUUCGUGAAAAACUCUUGGAACGUCGGCCGCCCGGUCAUCGCAAAACAGAUCCCUUGGUUCAGGGGCAAGGACGUUGAGCCGGAGGAUAAGACCACCUACUCUCAACUUUCCAAGGGGGUCGGGAAUACCGACGCCCUUGCGAAUCAACAGCCGCACGAAAUUUACAUCAAUGAAUCAGGGCUGUAUAGUCGCACGUGGAACUCUAAGAGGCCGGAGGCUAAAGCCUUCAGACGUUGGAUCACGAGCGAAGCUUUGCCUUCGAUCAGGGAGCAUGGAAGUUACGGUGGGCCCGCUUUGGCAAGCCUUGCAGAGCAGAUGCAGGGGUUGCAGGGUACAAUCGCAGCUCUGACUCAACGUCUCGACGCCGAGCCCCAAAGCCGAGUGCAACACCUGGUCUUGAGCGUCGCCACGCCACAAGGACCUGCAGCAGAACAGGCACUCCUUGAGUGCGGAACCGUUCUGACAAGCGAGCAGGUCGAAGACCUGAAUUCCAGUUCCGGCGUUAUCACCAUUGCGGAUUGGCCCCGCUUGCGUACGGACGCCGGCAGGAGCAGCUUCCGCAAGAUCUCAUACAUAGUCGCCGGGGAGUUGAAGAAGGCAAAAUUGGAACAAGCUGCUGCAGAAGGUUUCGAUGUGCCGCUGCAGUGGAAUCAGGGCGGCCACAGAAUUGUUUACACGACGUGCGACGAAGAUCUCAUGAAGGCCGUGUUUGACGACCUCAGUGCCAAAUUCGAAAAGAUCAUCAUCGAGCUUGACGGCGAGCUCUCUGCAAACCAUGCGUUGAAGAAAGGCGUGCGGAAGACCAUUCAAAAGGUUCGACGUCGCCGGGGCGCGUGGCAGUUCGAUGGCAUGUCUACGCAACAGGAGUUGCGCAGCUUCGGAAGCGGGGCCGACGACGUGGUCGCACAGGGCGAGCUGAGCGCCAUAGACAGAGAUGCAGGCAACAGCUCGGACAGUGACGUGAUCGUCAUGGUCGACCCUGUCAUCGCUCUACCGCGACCGACUCUUGAGCUGUACCGCCAAGACGGGCGCGAGAUCUUCCGCGGCAAACACGGAGAGUUCGCCAUGCUCCGCUCUCGCCUCGACCCGGACAACUUGGCGAUGCUGCAGCAUGCGCCAGACCUCCCGCGCACCCAAGAAGCCAUGCAGGCAAAAUACCAUUGGUGGAAGGCUAGCGAUAAAGCCAAAGAGUAUACGAACGAAGACAAGAUCCAGGUAAUGUGCCACUCUGGAACGGAACGUGAGAACUGUCAAUGCAACGGAUUGGACGCCAGCGUGCUGGCGCCGCAGGUCUCCAAGGCACAGUUCCUGGCCGUCAUGGCGCCGUUCAUGGCCGAGGACGCGCACGCCGCUGCUGCACAGGAUCUGGCGACCUUCGAGAUGCAGCAAGGGCGUUGUGUAGAGGCGCUCAAGAAGGUGAGCCCGACAGCGGAUACAUAUCCAAAGAAGCUCACGCUGCCCGAGCAGCAACGGUUGGCGCUGGCGCUGGAGGCUGCCGCGGGCAAGGUGUUCUGCGCUGCCUGCGUCGAUGAUGGUCGCAUCCUCGUGUGCUUGCGUGGCGGCCGCGUGGAGGAGCAGGCCGCCCUGAGGUCGUUGCGGAGCGGCGGUUGCAAGGGGCUGCUGAAGGACCCGGACAUCACAGCGAUGGACUUGUUAGAGGCAAGCGUCAUUGUCUUCCUCUUCCCCCACUCGCUGGAUAUGUGGCACGUGCAGGCAGGGGAGGUUCCACAGUUCAAGUACGGCUUCACGUGCGGAUUCAACUAUGAACUCAAAUACGGAUACAAGUGCACGCUCAAUUACUUAGGGGGCGAUGAACUACAGGACGACGAGACCAUCGUGCCGCAACGUUACCAGCUGAUUAUCUCGCUGGCGAAAGUGCAGGAGAAACUAGAGCGUGGAACUUGCACGGAACGCCUUGAGGCCUUGAGCGAUCUAGGCAAACUGGGAGUGAGAGGUGGUGACGCAGCUGUCACAGCAGUGAGCGGCCGCCUCGAGGAUGCAGAUUCGGUCGUCAGGCAGCAUGCGGUGGAGGCACUUUCCAAGGUUGCACAGAAAGGCGACGAGCACGCCAUCACUGCAGUGCACGGUCACAUCGAUGACGCAUCUUGGUGGGUCAGGCGAGCCGCGAUUGACGCAUUGGUGCAGCUCGUAGAGAAGGGCGAUCAGCUUGCCAGUGCUGCAGUGAGAGGCCGGCUCGAGGAUGAAGAUUCCUUCGUCAGGCAGACAGCGGUGAAGGCAUUGGCCAAGAUGGCAAAGAAGGGCGAUCAGCAUGCCAUUGUUGCAGUCUGCGGUCGUCUCGAGGAUACAGCUUUGGGCGCCAGGCGGGCUGCGGUGGAGGCAUUGGCCCAGCUUGCAGAGAAGGGCGAUCAUUACGUUAUUGCUGCAGUGAGCGGUCGCCUCGAGCAUGCAGAUUCGUGCGUCAGGCGGGCUGCGGUGGAGGCGCUGUCCAAGGUCGCAGAAAAGGGGGACAAACGCGCCAUCGCUGCAGUGAGCGGCCGCCUCGAGCAUGCAGAUCGGCGCAUCAGGCGGGCUGCGGUGGAGGCAUUGGCCAAGGUCGCUGAGAUGGGCGACGAGCACGCCGUUGUUGCAUUGAGCGGCCGCCUCGAGGACACAGAUGCGAACGUUAAGCGUGUUGCGGUGGAUGCGUUGGCCAAGGUUUUAGAAAAGGGUGACCAGCGCGCCAUUGCUGCAGUGAGCGGCUGCCUUGUGAAUGCAGAUCGGGGCAUCAGGCGGGCUGCGGUGGAGGCGCUGGCUCAGGCCGCAGAGAAGGGAGACAAGCACGUCAUCGAUGCAGUCAGCUGCCGCCUCGAGGAUGCAGUUUGGGACGUCAGGCGGGUUGCCAUCAAAGCGCUGGCCCUGGUUGCAGAGAAGGGUGAUCACUACGCUAUUGCUGCAGUGAGUGGCCGUCUCGAGCAUGCAGAUUCGCGAGUCAGGCGGGCUGCGGUGGAAGCGCUGUCCAAGGUUGCAGACAAGGGCGACGAUCAAGCCAUCACUGCAGUGAGCGGCCGCCUCAAACAUGCAGAUCGGGGCGUCAGGCUGGCUGCAGUGGAGGCAUUGGCCAAAGUUCAAUCAGCAGCGCAAAAGGUGUCCUUGUCCAUGGGCUUCCAGAGGCGCGAUAAGCAGGAAGGUUAUGCCUGCGUGGUCCGCCUGUGGUGUCGCACGGCGACGGGCGAGUCCGUCUGCGUGCUGGUGGUGGAUCCGUGGUCUACUUCAUACAGGAAGCUCAAGCCCGUGGGAGGACUCGAGAAACUGGCCAAAGCAAUGCAAGAAGAACUCGACCAGAAGGCCCAGAACGUGAGCGGUAUGGCGGACGUUUCAGUCGUUUACAAGAAGAAGACGAAUGGCUACGAGGCCGACCCUGAAACGCUCCAGCCACGCAGUGUGCAUGCCCUGGCGGACGCCGAAUCAAGAGUCGAGGUGCACGCGGAGCUGCUCCAGUCCGUCGGCUUGCGUCCAGGCGGGUGGCUCCACCUCACUUCUGCUGUAUGGGGGCGUGCAGAAGUCGGUGGCUUCAGGACACAUACAGCGUUUCAUGUGCAAGUCACGCGGGAAGAGCUGGUUCUUGCCUCUGCAUACAGAGAUCAGAAGAUCUCCGCGAUUCGCGUCCUCUCGUGGGACAUCGAGUGCUAUUCUCCUCAGCACGCGUUUCCUACGGCGACCAACGUAGACGACGUCAUUAUCGCCAUCGGCUUGUGCUCCCGCACGCUGUACGCUGACCCCCCGCAAGCCGCGCGGGAGGAACGGGUCGUACCAUCUCUCUACGACGUCGCUGUUCCACCGAACACUAACGUCACCGUGAUGAGCUUCGACACCGAGGUCGCUCUCCUCAAGGCAUUCGCUGCGUACGUCCAGCACUCCGACGCCGACGUCCUCGUCGGAUACAACACGUGCGGAUUUGACUGGAAGUACAUCAGAGACAGGUUGGCGGUGCUCGAGGAGUGGACACAGAGCCUGGACGGCUCAGAGAGCGAGGGGGCAACGCGACUUUCGCGAGUGACGCGGCGGGCCUGCGUGCUGGAGGAUCAGCAGCUCGGUUACGCGGCGAUGGGCGACAACCCCAUGUGCUUCCCUCGCACGCCCGGCAGGAUCGGCACCGAUCUGUGGUUCUACCUGAAGCGAGAGAACGCGGCCGACCUCCCUAACCUGAAGCUGGACACGGUGGCCGCCCACCACUUCGGCGAAACGCAAGUCAACCUUCCCGCCAAAGCCAUGUUCACGGAGUGCGAGCGCGGGCCGGAAGGGCGGUUUCUGGUGGCGGAGCAUUGCUGCCAGGACUGCAUGUCGGUGCUUAAUCUGCUCGAGAAACUGAAUGUCCCCCCGAAGCUUCUGGAGAUGGCGAAGGUGGCUCGCACGAUUCCGGAAGACCUUCUCCACGUGGGCCAGCAAAUCAAUGUCUACGCGCAACUCUUGGCAGCGGCCCACGAGACCGACGAUUACGUCGUCGAAGAUUCACCACAGCACGCCGGCUCAGCUAAUCUUGAUGGCGAGGAAGAGCAAGAGGACUACAAGAGCGCGCACGUGGAGGAGUCGCGACAAGGAUACUACCUCGACCCCAUCCUCACAGUUGAUGCUGCCAGCCUGCGCCCGAGACUGAUGCGCACCUACAACCUCUCGCCCGACGCUCUCCUCCCCGACGACGCAGAUCGCCGCAUCCCGCACGCUUCUCUGACGGUCUCUCCCGACCGGGAACCUCUACGUUUCGUCGCGGCGUCCCAUUGCCGUGGCCUGCUUCCGCGUAUCCUCGACGCGUUGCUCCAAGAACGAAAACGGGUCACAAAGGCGAUGGCUAAGGAAGGCAUUGUUUUCAAGCGACAGCGUCUGAGUGCAGAGCAAUUGGCGUUCAUGAUUUCCGCCAAUUUCAUCUACGGCGCGUGUGGCGCCUUGAAGGGGUCGCUUCAGUGCCGAGAUGUAGCAGCGGCGACGGCCUCCACGGGCAUAUUCCCGAGUGGGGCACAACAGGCUCUGAAGGAGAUUGCCCGAGAGGAGCGCCGUGCCGCCCGAGAGGGGCGCCGUCGCAUUCGGUCUGAGGAGGAGGUGCGGCGCAGGUUUACGCUUCACGUCAAACUGCCCGGGCAGGGCAGAGGUUUCGCGGGCAAGGGCGCCAAAGUUCUCAGAGUGGACACGACCCUCGACGCGUGCUGGGAACCAGCUGUGGAAGAGGCGUACUGGAAGAAUCAGAACAAAGAGCCAGAACGCGGAUUUCGACUCAAGAAGUACGUUAUCCAGGUGCAGCCUGCUCAGACCGAUGCAGAGCCCACCCAGAGCUGCACAAAGCAGGUGACGACGGCUGACUGCUUCUAUGUGUGGGAGUUCGUCAGAAAGUGCGGCGCACUUGAUGGCGACUCCCUGGAGCGCACUCUGCGCUGCGAUGAUCUUCCAGGGACCAGGCAAGCUAGGCGAGACAAACAGUCGAACAAAGCUCGUAAGGCGCUCCUGGAAGAAGCGAAAGUGAAGGAGCUGGCACCGCUCGAGCUUGAGGUGCAGCCGCCAUGCCCCUUGGCGGAUGCGCCCGUCACUUCGACUGGAGACGCCGACGCGAGCGAGGCUGAAUAUAUCCAGCCUUUGUUACACCCGCGCGCAGAGGAAGGCAUCGCCAACAUAAUUUCGAGGCGCACGCGCUGGACAGUGCUGCGCUUGGAGGGCGAGGGCGCAACGGCGGCCGUCUACGACAAGCUGUGGGCGGCGUUGGGCAAGCGGGGCAAGUGCUGGCUCAGCGUGGCCAAGCACAAUGGAGUGCUGCGCGCUCUUCUGUACAAAGGCGAUGAUGGCGAAGUCGAUCUCAGUGGACUGCCAAUGGUUGCGCCACAGUACGGGCCACCCCCUGAAGUGUCAGCAGGUGGGCGUGCGUCCCGUGCCGCCACGGUUAUAUUUGUGCAAGCUUGGCUCCACAAGGCCCAGGAAGCGAUGUCAAACUUUACCGUGGAGAGCGGACAGGAGCUGCAAGCCACAGCCCUCGAGACCUUCGAAGAUUGCCAAGGCCUCUCGGACAAGGACUUCUUGCUGAACCUUGCAGCGGCCAAGAUCCCGGGCGCACCCCCACGUGCGCAGCUCAUGAAGUGCGUCAGCCCGGAGCUCAAGGCGCUCAGGUCCGCAGAUAAGAAAGAGCGAAAGGCGAGAGCUGACAUUCUGCAGGACGCUUGCUACAGGCCCGUUACGUCAGAGGGCCUCCACAUGCCCGCAGACUUUGUCGACGUGGAGGCGUGGUCCGGCAAUGCUUGGUCCGCGGAAGGCGGCGCCCAGGACAUGGCGUUUCUACGCUGGCUGAAUUCCUCGGAGCAUCUCGAGAGGACGGCUGUGGUGUAUGGCGAUUCCAAUUCAGGCAAGACCGCGGGUCUAAACGGCACCGCGCGCACGUUAUCCAUGCGCUACCAGGAGGGAGAGCCAUAUUACCUCUGCGCGGGAACGGUGAAUGGAAUGCGCUCGGCUCACAGCAAGGGGUUGCUGGAGAAAGAUAUGCCGGGCGGCAGCCAGAUGAACUUGCCCGCGGCCGCGCCGCAACUCAUCUCCACCAACCGGCCCUUCGACAUCUGGAUCAGAAAGUUCCGGAAAUUCCCAGCGGAGUUGCAGCGUCUCAUCUCUAAGCGCAUCGUGUUCUUUCGGCUGCCCGACGCGCCGCUGGUCAAGGCCGAGCUGCGCAAGCGCCGCCAAGAGGACACGACUGCAAUGGUGGUGGAAGGCCUCGAGCGCGAGAAGAAGUUCCUCCGACAAUGCGGCCGGGAGGAUUCGUCCACUGCCUCCGCGCCGAGCGAAGCGGGUGGCAGCGACCUGUUGUCCAACAGCGAUCUCAAGGUGUGCGGACGGUUAGACACCGCCAUUGUUGAGCGCCUGAGCGAAGCAGGCAGCCUCGAGUCGACGCAGGUCAGCGCCGGCUGCUGUGGAAGAAAUACCAGUAGCAGCCCUGCUAUGUCCUCAGAUGGUGAGCUCUCUUCCGAGCGUGGGCCGAUUGAGGCACCCGCAGACGCGAGCGCAAGCGGGCUCCCGCCCGAGCUACCGCUGCUCGACAGGUAUGUGCUUGCGACGCUCGUCUUCGGGGCGUACUUCCUUAUGCGCAUUGGCCACCUGGCCAGCUCAGUUUUCGACGAGCUCCUCCAGGAGCUAAGGGCACUGAGCCCAGGAAUGGCAGACGCCUUCGACCACACCAGCCAUUGCACAAUCAGUUGCCUCACGGACACCACGUCCAUGAAGCUAAUCCGGCAGUUCCUCGCCCACGACAAGCUCUCGCCCGAUGCGCUCUACAAUGUCGUGCUCGGCCAAACAGUACUGCCCAGCUGGCGCAAGCGCGAAGUGCUCGGCCCUUUCAGUGCAGAGACGCCACCGACGCCAGAGGACUUCCGCGCGCGCCAUGAGCAGCAGUAUCCACGCGUGAAGGCGCUGGCAGAGAAGAUCCCAGGCGUGCUCGAUGGCCUUCGCUGGGGCGAUGCCGGGAGCAUCCGCGCCCUGGGUCUACCAGAUUUUCGUGAGCUCAUGGUGCUUCGCUUCCUGGCCGUCAAUGAUCCGCGCCUCUGCGCUUGGGAUCCGCCUCUGCGCUUGAUGGGCCUGUGGCUCCUCGAUGGCAUGGAUGAGGGUGCAGCGCGCGCAGCCGUGAAGGCGGACUGGGGUCCAGCAGCGGCGGUCGUCUUUGACGGGCUACUGCGCGCGCUCCCGGCUGCCCUGCAGGCGCGGGACAGGAACGGCGUCAUCGCGCAGCUGGAGCAGCUCGGCCUGCGCCCCUUGGCUGCUCAGAAUGUCGAGCAUAUGCUCUGCGAGUUCCGAAAACUAAUGCUCCCAGGGAAGCGGCCGCCCCGUGGAGAGGCAUUCGAAGGCUACCGCGAGCUCUGGGAAGCCGUCGCGUUUUUCAGCGCGUUGCGUGCCUGCGUGCUUGAGAAGUGCGGCAACGCUGACCUCGUCAAUCAGUGCAAGUCGUUCGCCAAGCACAUAAAGCGCGAGCGUAACGACCGAGCGGAAGGCAAGAUCGACGAGAAGCGGUUGCAGGAUAAGCUCCACCAGCUCCGGGCUGAGAAGGACGAGUGCACGCGCAAGAUCGAAGAGGUUGUCCGCCAGAACACAGCCAAGGGCCCGGCACGCGUCAAGCGGUCCAGCGCGAAGCGUGCGCGCGACACGCCCUCAGGGCGGGAUAGCCUGGAGCAGGCGGCCAAGUGCCCGCGACGGACCUUGCACGCUGGUGGUUGCGACGAGACGCCGCCGUCGGACGGGGGCGCGCCGCUGCCCGCCGCGGAUGGCGCCGACGAGCCCAGGCAUGCUGCACUGCGCCGACUGAGGGUCGGCACGGAUUGUUCCGGUCUGGAAGCGCCAAUCCAGGCCGUGGAAAACCUCGGAGUUCCUUUCGAGCAUGUCUUCUCGAGCGACAUCGACAAGCACGUGCAAGCAACCAUCCGGGCAAAUUUUGCACCUGCUGGUUCGGCACACAUGCUCUACGAGGACAUGAUGAAGCGCGACAACGCCAAGGCGCCCGGGUGCGAUCUCUACAUUGUCGGUUGGCCUUGCCAAGGAAGCAGCAAAGCAGGGAAGCGCAAGGGCUUCAAGGACAAGCGCAGCCAGGUGUUCUACGCCGUCGCGCAAUACAUCCGGCAUCGCAAGCCCUGCGUGGUGUUGCUGGAGAAUGUCCCAGAACUGAAGUCGGCGAACGGGGGCAGGAAUUUCCGGGAAGUCUUGGCGGAACUCGAGAAAGCUGGCUCCUACAAUAUCCACUGGAAGGUUCUGAACACAAGCGACCACGGCGUGCCGCAGAGCCGGCCGCGACUCUACAUCGUGUGCAUCCGCGAAGAUGUUGACCAGGGCACUUUCGAAUGGCCCGAGACGAUCGCGCGGCGCAGCCUGACGAAACCGAUGCCUUUGCUCCGAAAGGGCGAGCGGUUCUCGGCGGCAAUGCAUGAUAGGUGCCCCUGCCUCCUGCGCAAUGCCUCGAUCUGGAUAUCGCACCACGGCCGAUCGCUCAACCUGUCAGAGAAGUGCAGGCUCCAAGGCAUGAGUCCUCGCAGGCUCCAGCUCGCAGUGUCCGAGAACCAGUUCCAAAAGCAGCUCGGCAACGCUAUGUCUGUCAACGUGCUCGAGCGCUUGCUCAUCUCAGUCCUCCCCGCUGCGGGCUUGACGCGCGCCCUCCCCGACCGCUGGGCCGCUGGCAUAGCAUUGGCAGAACUCGAGGCGACGCGCGGCCACACGCUGACCCAGUCAGAAUGUGGUACCGCCAGAGGAAGGAAGGCGUCUUUGCCAUGCCCGCGGCCGUUGCAGCUGGUCGGCAAGCCUAUGGCGAAGCAGGGCAACGUCGGGUCGAAGCGGCUCGGGCGAUGCAACAUCACGCUGGGCACAACCCGCCAAGCCCCAGGCGCCAAGAACUUCGACGCCCAUGGGAUCAACGAGACCAUCGUUCCCAAAUGUCUCCCGCCGGAUGAGCAAGUGUGCUGCCAAGAGCUGUGGGUUCUGCUUCAGGGCGAGGCGAAGGCGCUCGGUUAUGAGUUCACCAGCGCGCGGAUCAAUAAGAACUUCUCGGCUCAGGUCCGCCACAACCACCGGGGCAAAGACACUUCGUGCCAGUGGUGCGUCUCGCUCGGCGACUUCGACGGUGGCGAGUUCUGCUGGGAGGAGCGGGGUGCCUGCUUCAGCGUCAGCACGAAGGACAUGUGGCAGCGGGUGGGCGGCAGGCGCGACCACUGGGUGCUCCCGUACAAGGUAGCCGAGGGCUCGGCGAGCCUGAUCUGUUGCGCAGCCGCGGCGAUUGACUCAGCGAUAUCUGCCGCCAUGCCACCGAAGGCAUCGAUCACCAUCACACUGCAGGAAGAUAUGCUUGUGGCCACGACGCUUGCCGGCAACGUGGUGCUGCGGAGCAGUGAGGUGGACAUGCCAGGGCACCAGCUCAAGAACGCGGUCACGCAGGAGCUGGGCCGCGCGAGCUUCCUCAUGGUAACCCCAGAGGCGGGGAAACGCGUGGCCGGCGCCAAAGGACUGGCGCCGAUGAGCCGAGAUAUGCAAAGCGAGUACGCCAAAUCGAGCAGCGUGUGGAUGGGAGAGUUGCGUGCCUGCGUGCUUGAGAAGUGCAGCAACGCUGACCUCGUGAAUCAGUACAAGUCGUUCGCCAAGCACAUAAAGCGCGAGCGUAACGCCCGUGCGGAGGGCAGCCCAAGAGCACUGAUGGCCCUGUGCGCGCUUAGCGAACUGGAGCAGUAUCGCGUCUUGCCCGGCCUGGACAUCUGGGUCGUCCCCGACUUCGCGCGGCAUGUCUUGGGAUGUGACGCAGCCCUGUUACAGACAGAGCUAGAGCGGGCCUAUGGGAUCGUUGGGAAGGGAGAUGCAAUCACACCCGCAGCAGCUCAAUGGGUCGACGGAGCCCACAAGGCGCUGACCUACCGCGGCAACGAACUCAAACGUUCGAAAAUGUGGUUCCAAAAGGGUGAUCCGCGCGAGUGCGGCUACGUGGAAUAUUAUCACGCUGGCUGGACGCGCGGAAUUGUGUCGGCCACCUCCGAUGUGGCUGCCUGCCCACUGCUCGCCCCGGUAGCCGCCCGCUACGAUACCUGGGCGGUCGACAUCGGAUACCCUGCUGCAAAUCAUUACAUGGUGACGAAGUACGUUGGCUCGCUCAUUACUGUGGUGAAAACUGGCGCACACGGCCGCCCAUUCCAGCUACGACACCGCCUCAAGCUGGAACGACUUGCCGACGAGGACGCCAAGGCAUUCAAGAAGCGGAUGGAUGCCGCGCAGGCCCGCGAGCAACCCUUCUUCGACCAGGAGGCGGCGCGACAGCUCGACUGCCUCAAGGGCUCAACAAGUCACUGGAGCCAGACAGAUGCCCGCUUCACGCCGCAGGUCGACGGCGUCGCCGCGCUGCAGGCGCGAGACCGAAUCCGUGCCAAGCUGCGAGCAGCUGUCGCGCAGGGCAAAGCCAGCUGCCGAAGCAAGCACCAGAAGGCACUGAGCGAUGCGGCAGAACUUGCAGAUGCACACGAGAAGUCCGUGGAAGCAUCGAAGCGCAAAAACGAGCGCGUUCUCCGCGCAGUCGCCAGACUCCUCGAGGAGAAGGACAUCAUCGCGAGUAGCGCCGUGGUUGCCCAGCACGACAAUCUCCAGCUUGCCAAGCAGAUGCACGCAGCCGAAGCGGACAGGAUACUCGAGAAAGCAGUCAGCAUAGUCGAGCAGAAGGCGUGGAUGUGCGCUGCGAAGGUUGCCGCGGGUCGCUGCGGACAGAACACGAAUGGGGCUGCCUUGAAGACUCUGCUCCGCUGCUUGUGCAAGCAUUCAGAGCAGUUCCUUACGCAGCGUCCAGUGCUUGAGCUUAGCGAUGAAGGUGGCAAGUACACGUCGUUCUUCGCUGACGUUUUCGCCCCACGUCCCCCGUUCGAUGAGAUAGUGGGCUUCACGGAUGCUGCAGCUAGCUUGGCGAAGAAUAUGGCGAAGCUGCUUAGUCGCAAAGCAAGCCCGAUCUCAAGCGCUUCGCUGGUCAUCGAUGGUAUUGGAGCUUGCUUGCUGGUGUCCACCUCGAAGCGUAUGCAGGUUCAGAACGCACGCAGUGCCAUAGACACGGUCAUUGCUGCAUUGCCCGCGGCGCAUUGGCUCAGUGUUGAGAAAAGCAUCCGGCCGCUAGAUGAGCUGGACAAGCGCCGUAUUGACGAUUGGUUCUUGGCGUCACCGCUGAAGCAGUACAGGGAUGACGCGCCAGCAGCGAUGCUCACCGACGCCGCGCCAGCCGCGCCAUUGAUGCUCACCGACGCCGCUACAGAUGGCGUCGUGGCUAUCGCCGGCCACCCCGCGGCGUGCGCCGAAGUCUGGAAAGACGGAUUGAAAUCCAUGGCGGUCGUUGUCGCGUGCAGCGUUGGCUCUCUCGACGAGCUGACGUUCGUGAGGUGCCACACCGAAGAGCGCCCCAUCGCGCUGCUGCUGCGGAGCUUGUCUGGGCAGCAAAACUUAGUUUGCGUCGUGCGUGUGGCGCUGAGUCUCUCUCGCGACGGGUCGCUUCCGCCAUUCGAUGCUGCCCGCAACAGGAAGGCAGAGUUUCUGAAGCGCUGUGUGGAGGCGCUCACGAAGCACGACCCGUCAGCCAUCCGAGAGCCAAAGAAGUUGGAUGACCGACAGCAGCGUUUGCUGGCAUUGGCUCUGGACAAGCGUCUCUGCGUGGCGUGCUCCAAAAGGCCAGGUAUUUGCACCGGCGAUGACCUGUUGCUCGGUUGGGUAUGCACCGCGCUCAUCGACGUUCCUGAAGUCGUUGGAACAGAGAAGUUUCAGGGCCAGCUCACGCACGCGAGCGUCCAGUUGGCUGUGCGCUCGGGCGUGUUGACGGAGGCGGAGGCAGCACGAUGUUGGCAGACCCGGCGGAAGUUCCGCACUUUGUCCGAUUCAAAUAGUGGCACGACCAUCGAAAAGCGCAAGCAGGAAUUCGAGGAGGCUAAAGCAAAGGAGGCUGAGGCAAGGGUGCUCGAAUGUAUGAAUACCAGUGCGAGCACCCUUCUGGAGCGGGAACGCGGUGAGAAGCGCAAGUUGGAAGAAGAGGUCCGCAGGCUGAAAGAGCGACUCGCAGGCGCCUGCCUACACCCCGCCAGCUUACGCGGCAUCCACGCGGCCUACGGGCAGAUCGGGAACACGGUCCCGUGCAAUUUUGCGUAUGCGGUGGCUCAGGUUGUCGCCAAGGCGUCCGCGGAGCCGGAGUCCGAGGCAGUCGCAGGUGCCAGCAAGCAGUGGCGCGUGAGCGGGCAAGCCAUGUAUGUAGGUACCAAGGGUUGGGAACGCAGGAGCAAGGGUCACAAGGUCACAAGGACUAGCGUCACAAGAGUUGAGGUCGCCAAGGUUGAGGGUCACAAGAGCGAGGGUCACAGGAAGGUCACAAGGUCACAAGAGCUAGGAGAAUUCACAUGGGGCAUUGCAGGCCAUGCCAGGGACAACAGCGCCGUGAUCACUUGGGGCGGCGAAGAUGAUGGUGGCUACGGCAGCGCUGUGCGGGAGCAGCUCGCCGACGGCGUCACUCAGAUCGAAACCACCAAUGUUGCCAUGGCCGCGAUCAAGGAGAACGGUGCCGUGGUCACCUGGGGCAUCAACUGGGUUGAUGGUGAAGGCAGCGACAGCAGCCCCGUGCGGGAGCAGUUCACCCAAGGCGUCACUCAGAUCUAUACCAACGGCUGGGCCAUGGCUGCGAUCCAGGAGAACGGCGCCGUGGUCACCUGGGGCCACGAAGGUCGUGGCGGCGACAGCAGUGCCGUGCGGGAGCAUCUCGCCCAAGGCGUCACCCACGUCGUCACCAACGAUUGGGCCAUGGCCGCGAUGAAGGAGGAUGGCGCCGUGGUCACCUGGCGCGACAAAGAUCGUGGCCGCGACAGCAGCGCCGUGCGGGAGCAGCUCACCGGGGAUGUUGUGAAUGUCACCUCCUCGGCAUCAGGCUUCAUAGCUUGCAGUGCGGACGGCAGUGUAGUCUGCUGCGGGGGUGCUCCCAGCCCCGCCCAGGAAAUCCGGCAGGCGCUGCAGAGCGGCAUCUCCUGGAGGUCCGCAAGCUACAGCGACUCGCAGACGCUGGUCAGUCGCGUGCCGGAGAGCAGCCUGGCGAGCAAUGCAGCUGACGGCGGUGCCGCUUUUUUUUCAGGGGCUGGUGGCAUGGACGUCGGCUUCACGAGGGCGGGCUUCAAGGUGCUGUGGGCGGCGGAUGCAAACGAAGCCGCCUGCGACACCUACAAUCACAACGCGGAUGUGGGGGUAUCCAGGCGAUUGGAUCUACGGACGGUCGACUUCGACGAGCUGCGCCGAGAGCUGCCAGGGCCUGUAGAUUGCCUUUUCAGCGGCCCGCCCUGCCAAGGCUUGUCUCGCAAGGGGGAGAUGCGGCAGGGCCACAGUAGGAACGAGCUGGUUAAUGUCUUCAUGAAUGCGGUCGACAAGCUGCGGCCGUGCAGCUUCCUCAUGGAGAACGGGAAGAACUUGGGCAGCAAGGUUCUCUUCAAGCCCAUUCUGGACGAACUAAUUGAACGCGCGAAUGGCCUGGGGUAUGCCUACCAGUACAGGGUACUUGACACCCGCAAUUUCGACGUCUCCCAGUCGAGAGACCAGUUGAUUUUUGUAGGGUUUCUCGACGCCGCGACGCCCGUACAGUAUCUACACGAGCUGUUUGCAUUCAGCCGCCGAGGGCAGACGUGCGGAGAGGCCCUCCAGGACAUUGGCAGGGCAGGCUCGCCGUCCAACCCAGCGACGUGCAGUGCGAAGACCGAGGCUUGCAAAAGCUUUGUACUCCAGAAGAGCGCGCACUCUGGCAUGCUCUUCAAUGGGAGCGGCCGCGCCCUGGCUCCCACCAGGCUUUCCCCGGCGCUAAUGGCGUCCAUGGUGCGGAACGCGACGCCAAUCAUUGAUGAGGAGCAGUUUUUCGGCGCGGGGGGGAGCUGGGUCGAGAGCUUGCUUGCAUGCGGCGCCCGGGCGUCGGCAGCCUCGGAGGCGGUAGCUUGUGUCGCGCCAGAGUCAGUAAGGAGGUUGACAGUCAAAAAGCCUGCUCGCCUGCAGUCAUUUCCCCACGACUAUGAUAUCCAUGGCGGCAUCCACGCGGCCUACAUGCAGAUCGGGAACGGCGCGCCGUGCAAUUUUGCGUAUGCGCUGGCCCGGGCCGUCGCCAAGAUGCUGAGGGCGGUCGCAGGUGCCAGCCAGCAGUGGCGCGUGAGCGGGCAAGAUGCAGAUGCGCCCAGGAGUCAACGAGGCCUGGCCGCCGCAAAAAUGCUCAAGAGGAAGGCGGCGGAGCACACGGGUAGAGAUGCGGUGAAGCGGCUUCCUGUGAAGCGCGCCAGGCGAGAAUUCGCGGCGAAGCCACCGCUGCCUCCAGCAGAGAAGGAGCGCCGACAUGCGGCGGCAGAGGACAUGAACCGCUUCGCAGAAUCAGGUCUGGUGGCCGCGGCUGGCAUUGAGUGCGCGGACCCCUUCAUGCAAAUUCACUUCGUCUGCUCGCCGAAGCGCGACGGAGAUGCCGCGACGCGCGCCGUCAGAGAAGUGCAGGCAGGAGCAGACGCCGACGCACUGUGGCUAAACGCAGUCGCUCGCGUCGCUUUUGGCGCAGAACGCGUUGUCCGAGGCGCGUGGCUACUCCGCCCCACAACGUUUGAGGAGUAUGUCGACGCCUGCGUGGGCGCGGCAGUGGCGGUGCACAGCGAAGGCUUCCACGCAUGCACCGACGCCUACACCGCGGGCCGCCUCGGCUGGAACGACGAGCGCACCGCCUGGCGGAUGGAGGGCGGCGCAGAAUACCUCCGGGUGGCCGUCCGCGGCGGCCUCUUCAUGGGGCUGCAGCGAGCCUGGGAUAUUGUCGGCUCGCCUCUGCUGCCCGAGGAUUGUGUCAAAGGCCUGGGCGACUAUUGCCCGCUGGGGAAUGGGGCCAUCCAAGGUCUGAAGCGCUUGUGCAUUGAAUUUGCAGAGGAGGCGGCGAAGGUGCCCGCAGCACAGGUCCAAGAGAUGGCUCAGCCCUGCUUGCGCCGCUGCCGGGGCGAAAUCACGGCUGCGCUCUCGACGGAGCACGUGCGCGUCAAGAAGGAGCUGGGCUGCUGGGCGUUAAAAGACGCCGAGCACUGCCUAUGCGAGUGCAACUAA